CAGCCUCAGCGGGGUCACCGCCUCACGCCUUCUGACGAUGAGAUGUACCAGAAGACGACCAUCCAUCGCUUGGAAAGAGAAUCCCAAGAUAUCAUGUUUAUUGAAGGAUACACUGGCUGGGGCUUCACCAUCAAUGGAGACAAGGUGGUAGGGCCUUGCGCUGUCUUGCCACGAGCCAUCCUCCAGUGGAACGUUGGCACACACCAAGACAUCACAGCAGAGAGUCUUGCGCUGUUCCGCCUGCUGGAACCCAGGAUAGAAAUUGUGGUGCUGGGGACAGGAGAUAAGGUGGAGCGGCUGGAUCCUGCCGUCCUGAGGUUGAUGCGGCAAUGCGGGAUUGCUGUAGAAGUCCAGGACACGCCCAACGCCUGCGCAACCUUCAACUUCUUGACAAGCGAGCGGCGGGUGGCAGCUGCCGGCCUGAUCCCACCUCCCGGUAUCAGACGGCCCAGUGAUGUGGUGGCUGGCUGAGACUCUUUGG